GACUUGAAAAUAGAAGAGAAAAAAAAGAAUACUUCAUCCAGUAGUAUAGUGAUAAGAGAAUACAUUGGUAAUGAUGGAUGAACUUGAAGUUCACUGCACAGAUUACUACCAGCAAAUCGACGGUUGGUUGGUCGUUCAUGUACGAUCACUUUAUUUUGAAAUGUCAUGUGGAAGGGGAAUCAGAAGUAUACACAGAGUUCAAAUUAUAACCAGCCAGAGAGUGCUUUUUAACCCCUUCUCCAUGCAUAGACACUGAUAGAGAGCUAAGUGCAGUUUCUGGUAUCAGAUGAAGUUAAGGUUCCUGAAGACUUGACAUGAACUGGCAUAUGGAAUGAAACGGUUUACCUGAGUAACGAUUGGCGAAUGUACCGCGAGUGUUGCUCUCUGCUCUACCCGAACACUCCCUGUAGACUGGCGCACCCCUGUCGGAAUGGAGGAGUUGUGACACGAGAUGGCGGUCGAUGUUAUUGUAAACCCGGUUGGAGAGGAUUGAGCUGUCUCAUACCGUGUGCUGUGGGGUAUUACGGACAGGGUUGUUUAAGGAGGUGUAAAUGUGGCGAGGGGGCAGGCUGUGACCCCAUGACAGGGGUGUGUUCAUGUCUAGAUAGAGACAGGUGUGUCUCUCGCUGCAGGAGGAACUACUGGGGUACAACAUGCCAGCAUCGCUGUAACUGUAAGACCGAUUGCCAAUGUGACGCAGAUACCGGAGAGUGCCUGUGCAGAUCUAGGCUUCCAAGGAACAGAGUGUCCAGUCCUGCAAAUAUGUACCUGGGUGCGUUGACCCAAGCAGGCUUUCUCAAUGUCUGUGGUGGAGAGUGCAUGAAUGGUGGUACCUGUAAGUCCAAUGGAGUAUGCAGAUGUCGUAACGGUUUUAUCGGCACAUUCUGUGACAGCACAUGUCCAGGAGGGACCUACGGUAGGAAUUGCCAAGAGAGGUGUCAGUGCUCCUCGACAGCCAAGUGUCUGCCUGAUACAGGGCUCUGUAUGUGCCCAGGAUAUGCCGCAUCUAUGUACCACUGCACGGGGCGGUGUCCCGUUGGACUGUAUGGACCUUACUGCAGGCAGACGUGUAAUUGUCCCGCGGGACUGCUGUGUAAUGACGUCAGCGGGAACUGUGAAUGUCCCCAGGGGGAGGUGUGCGACGGAUCGAGCAGGACAACGACUCAGAGAGACCCAGUGGUGGCGUCACCUCCAAGACGUAAACUACCCGUGACCGCGUCUCCAGCAAGAGCUAACCCAGCUAAAGGAUCAUCGGGAAGAGUGCCCGCUCCGUCAGGACCACGUACAGGCACUGAUACCGCAUCUGACACCGCCUCCUCCUCCUCAUCGUCCAGUCACUCCGUAUCAACGACCGGUAGCAAGUACCCUGCAGCGGAUCCGAACGACGGAACGAGCACGAGCAAGGCGGCGAAACCCGAGAUCGCUCUCCAAGGGGGUGACACGGCGACGUCAGAGGAGAGGCUUGCUAGAGGGGAGACCUUGACGUUAUGGGCUGUGAUCGCAGUGUCGUCGCUCCUGCUGCUCGUGGUCGCAUCCGUACUCAUCGGCAUCCUCAUCAAGAGACAACAUCAAGGAUCAACAGUUCAUGUGGAAGGAACACACAAGAAAAGACUGGAAGAUACAAACGUCUAUGAGAUCGUCGAAUCUACAAAUGGUCGAUACAGAACCAAUAGCAAGACGAUUGACAAGCUAGCAAAGAAAGCCCGAGAACGAGCCGAGUCCUUCAAAGCUCAAGACAGCAUCAGUUCCAUCACUAAAGAGAUCUACCUGCUACGUACGUCAUCACUGAGUAACAUGACGACCUUGGAAGCUCCAAGGAAAGACAGUAAGGCCACCGAGGUCUUUGCUAACUGGGCCAACAGUCUCCGUCUUAACAAAUCCACCAAUUCACUUAAUGAAGGGAGUUCAUCUCCAGGCUCGUCUCGAAGCAGAUCCAGCUCAAACACGGUUACGCAGCCGUAUGUUACGAAGACAGUCACACCCGAUAAUGACUUUGAUGACUACGCCGAACCGGUAGAUCAUGUCUCGACCCUAAGCAAAGAAUUCCCAUCUAAAAGGCCUCUGACGAUGUCGAACUCGGAUUCUAAGUGUAGCGAUCGUGGCUAUCAAUCUUUGUACACCUCAUCCAGCUCGAACGCCUCGUCGAACAGGACAUCGUAUAAGCCGACAGAAGACAGUGAUUAUGAUGAGUUGGAAGAGGAAGUGGUGGAUCAGGACAAACCCAAGCAGUUCCGGUUCACGAGGUCGUAUACAUACUCGGCCCCGUCAAAAGGUCAGAAAGGAGAGUAUAGCUGUUUGAACAGAGGUGUGAACACCGGUAGUCGACUUGGUCCCGAUGAUAAGCAGAAGACGUCACGAGGGAACACGGGGUACAGCAGCGCCGUGAAGGCCGCAGAGACUGAUGGCGAAUACUCACAUCUCAACCGCUCCGCAAAGAGACUAACCCAUAUUCCUACCAAGCGAGCUCAAGCUCCAACUCUACGUCACGACGAGGAGGACGACUACGACUACUUAGAAGCACAUAAAGCCGAUUCGACCAAGACCAAUGGCAAUGCCCAGAGAUCUGAUGGGAAAGUGGAGAACCGUAAAAACCUUCCCAUGGACGGGGAGUACGACUUACUACACAGACAAUUCAGAGCCCGUGAUGAUCAAUAUGAGUCCAUAUGGCCCGGUAAAAAGUGAGAUGUCUUUGGUAAGCUUUAAAAAGGCUAAAAUAACCCUUUACAUCACUGAGGUUUACGAAGGGUUAGGAGUACUCUAAAGUGCUUUGUCACGUUAUGAAGAGGAAUGUCAUUCGGCAUUUUGGCGUCACCCCUGCAUGGCUGCAAGAUAAUAAGGGUGUAUAACACAGUGUCGAAUUAUACAUUGUACGAAGAGUGUAAAAAGUAUGUCAUCAUUAAAAUGCGGUGGCGCCGGAUAGCAUAAACAAUGUAAAAUAAACGGAUGUUUAUAUCAUUUUAUUUACAAUGAGGCAAUUUACAGACUGCAGUAAUGAUUUUCAUUCAUUAUGUCAUAUCGUAUGAAAAUACUGUUUCUUUUCCUGCGUUGUCUCUGUAUGGAUUUGACAACAUCGUCACCACCCGUGGUAUUCUAUUUACAAUUUCUCAUUUCGUUUACUUUUUUGAAAAGAUCAAAAGUAUUUAAAAUAUUUCAACAAAUAAAUUAAAAACAAGGGGAGGUAAUCAGUUAUAAUACACAUUACUUAUUUUGUAAGCAAGCUUGAAAGUUUGGAAACGAAAGUUGGCUUGAUCAUAGCUCUCUUUUCAAGGCAUAAUAAUUAUUUUGAUUGAUAUCAUUACAAAGUUUGUAAUGUGUGUUUAUUCUUCUCUUAAGUAAUACCAUAUUUGUUAUGAUUUUGCAGCCAUGGUGUGAGCAGUACAUCAGAAUAAGGGGCAGGGUCAAAAGCAAAAAUUGCAAAAUAAACUAGUAAGCACUGGUAUUGUAAUGCAGAGCACUCUUUUUUUCUUUCGAUGAUAAGGCCACGACGAGAGAGAUAUGAUCGAUCAUAUUUUUUUUUGGAGAGGUUUACAUGUUUAAGUUGUCAUAUGAGAUCCAGUAUGGUUACAAGACUAGAGAAGUAGGCCUACCACGUAUACGAAACUUACAACAAUGCUAUUGUGAUUAGCAUUUUUGUGCUAUUAAAUGAGGAUUGAUUCAACAUUUUCUUAGUUGAUUGUUCUUGCACGUAGUCAUUUAUUUAUGAAUCGUGCCGAUCGCCUAAUUUACCACUGAAUCUCAUGGAAUACAAGGCAUAUUUUCAGUAGAAAAGGAUUGGAUCUUUUCAUAGGCUUUCCGCUUUGAACGGAUGUAGUAUCCAAGAAUGGCACGUGCAUUGUUAUACGAUGGUCAUGAGAAUAGUAAUGAGUGGAAACCGAUUUUCGUUAAACAAAUGCAUAAAAUGAUUGUAUUGUUUAUUCGAAAGUCAAUCUUGGAGCAAAUGUUCACUUAAAGCGGUGUGUCUUUUCAGUAAAUUAUAUUGUAUCGCCAAUAACAGCAAUUCAUAAGGAAGAACUGGGAGAUAUAUUGGCAUAAAAAUGGCAAGCUCUCACAUCGGUUCAUUCACUGUAUAAGUACUGGGAAAUAAGCUGCACAUUAUGUUAAUAGCUGCAUAAAAUAUGAUAAUAAAUUUUACAAUAGAUAUCUUAAUUAAGUAAUUAAUGAAUAUACAAUAGAUAUUUAAAAAAGUAAUUAAAGAAGUUACAAUAGACUUUUUAAAGUGUUACCUUGAAAUGACAUUUUUAUGGGUAUCCAUAUUCGACAUAAGUACAAAUACGUGCCACACUGAUGCGUUAAUUGGUCGGGGUAAUAGGAUAUUAAUAUGUCGUUAGCAUAUCACAAAGCAAUAUAAAUUGAGUUACCUACGUAUUUAUGUAUCUUUGUCACGUUUUUUUAUUUAUGUAUCCAGAGCUGCAACAAUUUGUAUGAAACAUCGAGUAGGCGAUAAUCAAUAAGUUUGGGAAUGGAAAGUUAAGUGCAAUUAUGAACAGAUUUUCUUUCAAUAGUUUGGUGUACAUUAUUGUUAUGUAUUGUACAUACAUCGAGCGAAAUGCAAUCAUUUUUAUUUAUCACAGAUUGAAGAGGUGCACAUGUUUCUUACAGUAAAAUGUUGAAAUGAAAAAUAAAUGUAUGUACUCAAAUUAUAUUGUUAAUAAAAAUCAUAUCUUCAUUGACGAA